ACCAGGACAAUUUGGCAGUCACUCCUUUCACCGCUCGUUAAGAUGCAAAAGAUGUUGACAAGAGUGUUUCUUCUGGUGCUGGCAGUUCAAGUCUGUCUGGCACAGUCCGACGAAGUACCAGGAACUCGACAGGCAUUUGCAUCCUUGUUUCUAGCGGCAGCGGAUGUAGAAUUUGUGUGUACGGACGUCAGUUUUGAGUCUGGAUGCAGUUCGUGUAGUGUGAUGAAACAAUGCCUUGGAAGUCUGGGGGCCGCUGAAACAAAUUGCACAUUGUCUGCCUCGACACCUUAUUGUAAUGGCGGAGCAUGCUCUGCGAUACCAAAUCUCGAUGAUGGUUGUGAGGCCAAACAAAUGGAAUGCACAGGAGAAGGAAUAUUUCCAGAUCCAACCACUUGCCAAUUGUAUCAUUAUUGUUCGCGCAGUGGAGCAGAUUCAGACGUUUAUAAGUGUCCUGCAGAUUAUGUUUUCAACGCUGACACAGGAAAGUGUAAGAGACCAUUCAGCAGCGCCGAUUGCGUGACUAUCAAAUGUCCUGCAGUAACGGGUGCUGGAACGUAUGGAACUAGUAAAACCAUUUUUGGCAUGUGCAUAAAUAGUGGUACAACCAUCAGCAAAAUACUCGUGUUUCAAUGUCCGACUGGGGCCACAUUUGAUGGCAAAAAAUGUGUCUAUCAGUGCACAAAAGAAGGCAAUUUCGCAGAUAGCAGUAAUGCGAGUAAAUACUUCCAGUGUUACAUCUCUGGUGGAAAGUAUGUUUUUGAAUCCAAAACCUGCUUAAACGGCAAAAAAUUUGAUGCUACUAGACAAAUUUGUGUGUUAUGAAAGUUUGAAACUGUAUUUUUUGAAGAAAGUUACUAAAUAAAGAUGUUCACUAUUCAAGAGACA